AUGGAAGCUAGUCAGGCUGCAGAAUACUCAGAAGAUGCUCCCAUGACAGAUGAAGCUUACGAGGCUUUGCUUCAAUUUCACUCACAAUUUGAUAGCAAUGACUCUGAAGGAGAAAUAGGCGAGAUCCAUUCAACAGUGGCUCCCUUGACGGAUGAAACUUUUCUAGCUCAAGAGUAUUCCAGCGAGCAAAUCAAUGAUGGCUCGGUCUGUUCAAGUGCCUUGAACGAAGACCAUUUGCUACCAGAUAGCAAUGCGUCUGAAAUGAAUUCAAGUUUGCUGGAUCAGAAUCUCCAGCCACAGGAUUCCGACACAUGGGAUCAGACGCCAUUGACCGAAGCUGACGUUGUAUCAACUCCAUAUAUAGUGGAGCAAAGCGAGUCACCAGCAUUUUCUUUCCCAUUGUCUGAGCCUAUCGCUGCUUGCAGCGCGAUAGAUCAAAGGACUGAUGCACAAGUUGCGAUAUGUACAGCGCAAGAUUUUGGUUUUGAUUUCGAUUUCGAUGCCUUGGAAGCACUGGAGGCUAGUGAAAACCAGUCGACAGGAUAUUCCAUGACAACCGAAGAAUAUCAGACCUACUUACGGUCCAUUGGACUCUACUGA